AAUUUCUCCGCAUCUGGUAUUUCUGUCGGAGGUGGUGGCGUCGUGAGAACAUGACGAACAUUGAAGUGCAUCCGAGCGUAUCUCGUGCCUCGAUACCCGAUUCAAAUUAUUCCGAAUCGCAAUCGUUCGCUGAGUCAUCGCGAUGAAGCGCGCGAUUUGGCGUAGCGUUGAAACGAAAUGUGAUCUAUAAGAUGGUUCUCUUCCUCGAUGUUCGGCUGUUGGUAAGCCUCUUUCGUUCCUCACCGCAAUGUCGAAUUCUCUCGCGUUUAUUUUUCACUCGGUAAAUCCUGCGGGCAGGAUACGUUUGAUCGAUUCUUGAAGACUCCGAUUCGUGCAUUAUUGCGCGCGGAGGUUGGAACGCGUGUAUUUGGAAAAUAUGUUCAUUGCGUAGAAAAACUUCAUUGUAUCUUUAAAUUUUGUACGGUGCUUCGCUGUAUUGAGGUUAUGACUUCUGUCAAAGUGGCAUACGUAUAUUUGGCGUCUUCUCAUCUACCGAUUGUGAUAUACGUGUGUGACAAUGAUGUAGCGAAUUUUAUCUCGUCCAUUUAUAAUGCGCGCCGUACAGUAUCGUAUUUGACUCUAAUGACUGGCAUAUUCAUCACGAUUCUACUUGUAUAUAAUCAUGAAGAGAAUUUUUUUGUAUCAAAACACCGUCGAAACACUGUUUACAGUUAUUUUCGAACUCGGAAAAUGUUGCAUCAUACAUACACAAAACUGUAUCAUAAUGCAUAUUUUUCUAAAAGAAUCAAAGUGUCGCUGGAAGAAUUAAAAAGUUAUCAAUGUUCUCGUGAGCAAAAUUAAAACUAUCUUCGAUUGUAAGAGGUAGGAAUAUAUAGGUAUGGGAAAUCUUUAAUUACUGAAGUGAGCUGUAACAGAGUUGUUUUAUUUCGAGAAUUCGCAACGCAUUCAACGUACAAUUAGAAAAUAAGAUAACCAGUAAAUUAAAACAUUUAUUUUGAAAUGUGCUCCUGAUAUUGUGACAAAAUUAAUCUCGUGGGAUGAAAGUGUACGUGAGCUAAACACAACUAAUUUAGAAUAUACUAAUUUGUUGCAAUAAUGACAGUGACAGAUAUUUCAUAACCUUAAGAUAAUAAAAAGUAAUAAUAAUGCUCCGAUGUGAUAUUUAAAAUGCUAAUACAUUUAAAGUGUCGAGAAAGGAUAAAUUUCCGGUGAAUCCUGAUUUUAUUACACAAUUACAUGUAAAUAAUAAGUGAUGUAAUGUAAAAUUUUGCACUUAAGAUAUAAUUUUUUCGAUAAAUUAUGUGAAGUAAUAUUGAUUUUUGUUUAUUAUACCAGGAUUGAAGUUUUAGUAUUAUUCCACCUGGAAUUUUGCUUCCAUAUAUGACACUAAGGCGUGCGUAACAACGUGUCUUCCUUGAACUGUCUGGUAAUAUUGUUAAUAAAAUGGAGACUUCAAUGCGGGAAAAGAUACUCAGCUUUGCAGAUGUUAUAAUGAGAGUGCCGCCUUUGUUUAUCAUCGAUGAGAUACUUAGAAUCAAUUUGGGUUUAUCCAAUAAUAACAUCGUCCUGGAUACUCCUGAGAAUGGUUUCAAAACUACUAAUAUACCAGGCACAAUUGUCAGUUCCAUUUCCUCGGUUACAACGGACUCGUUCCUGAUGGAACAGUUUAACCUGAGUCAUUUUGCUUACAAGGCAUAUUUGAUAAUCGUAUUUAAAUUUUUAUGCUGUUGUCUAGGAUUCAUCGCAGCCUUAUGUACAUUUAUGCUAUGGACUAAACAAUUGAUAAUUGUAUACCUAUACCUAAUAUCAGUAAGCGUGAUAUUUAUAUCGUAUUGGUCAAACGUCAGUACAAUGAAAGCGAUUAUAGCUUAUAUAAGCGUCCAUGAGCCCACAACCAGCAUUCUCGACAAUAUAUUGAGCCUGAACUUGUCGCAUGUUCUAUACAACGGCCCAGGCUUCCUGAUCAUUCAGAACUAUAUAUUGCAAUGCCUGCUGGCCAGCAUCUUUUGUUACAUACAUCUCGCUCCGAAGCAUUCUGUCGUCCAAAAGCUUCUUGUGCUGAGCUUUAUGGCACCAUCCAUUUUGGGCAUACAUCCCUUACCGGUACAUUAUUUGCAUCACGCACCGGUGUGCGCGACGCUGAUCCCAUUGUCCGUGUGCAAAUUCGUCAUUUGGUACAACGGCAUUACGAUGUUCAAGACGAUCUACACGGGAUGCCAGUACGCCCGUAGUUUCAUCCUGAACUACGGUUUCUCCGCCCUCACCGAAACCGAGUGGAUACGGCUGAACGUGCCGUGCGUGCUCCGUACGUUCUGGAUGCUCCGGGUGGCGGAGCAGAUCGUGCAGAUCCUCGGCAACCACUACAGCGAGGAGACGUUCAACUACUACGUCAUGAUCAGGACGCUGCUGGUGAACGGCUGCGAGACUCUGACGGCCGUCCUCGGCAUGACCAGCAUAAUCUCGUUCAUCUGCCAUUACAUCGGCUGCUUCUUCCAAUGGGUGCUGCUGACGGAGGACGAGGACGAGAAGAGCAUCGGCACCGUCUCCGCCAUAUUGUUCUACAUUCUCGCGCUGCAGACCGGACUGACCAACCUCGACCGGGAGAAGCGACUCGUGCGACUCUGCCGCAACUUCUGCCUCCUGUUCACGGCGAUCCUCCACUUCGUCCACAACAUAGUGAAUCCGUUGCUGAUGUCGCUCAGUGCCUCUCACAACCCGGUCCUCCACAGGCAUCUGCGUGCGUUGGCGGUCUGCGCUUUCCUCAUCCUCUUCCCGGUGUCGUUGCUCGUGUUCCUCUGGUCCCACUUCACGGUGAGCACGUGGCUGCUGGCCGUAUCGGUCUUCAGCAUCGAGGUGAUAGUCAAGGUGCUGGUCUCGCUCGCGAUAUACUCGCUGUUCCUGAUCGACGCUUACAGGAGCGCGUUCUGGGAACAAUUCGACGACUGCGUGUACAUCAUCAGGUCGUUCGGCAACACGGUGGAAUUCGCCUUCGGCAUAAUACUGUUCUUCAACGGCUUCUGGAUACUGGUGUUCGAGUCGGGCGGCGCGAUCCGGGCGAUCAUGAUGUGCAUACACGCGUACUUCAACAUUUGGUGCGAAGCCAAGGCCGGGUGGAGCGUGUUCAUGAAGCGGCGAACAGCUGUGAAUAAGAUCAACUCGUUGCCAGAGGCGAGCGUCGAGCAACUGCGACGGUUAAACGACGUCUGCGCGAUCUGCUACCAGGAGAUGGAGAACGCGAAGAUCACCCAGUGCAAUCAUUAUUUCCACGGUGUGUGCCUGCGGAAGUGGUUGUACGUUCAGGACCGGUGCCCGCUCUGCCACGAUAUAUUGUACACCGUGGAGAACCCGGCGCAAAGCCGGGAGAACGGCGGUGCCGCGGCCGACGAGAACGGUGCGGAGGAACGCGCGAGGAGGAACGUGCAGGCCGAGCUAAAUUUCCACGUUUUCCUGGGCCCGAACAAUCCGAGGCAUCGUCCGAACGAGGAUUGGUGAAAGAGAGAGUGCAUAUCAAGAAGAUACGAAGAAAUCAGUCCUUUUUCAUCUAAAAAUUAGCUCUCUCGAGUAGCAGAUGCGGAAGAACAUCCAGAUAACAUAAAGGUGAAUAAAAGUUCAUAAAGAAUUAAUUUUAAAGAAUACCUAAAAAAUUAGAGAGAGAAACGAAUAUUGAAGAAUUUUUGAAGAAUUAACUAUAAUCGAAUUCGUCUUGAAAUAUUUCUCAAAAGUUUAUUAUAACGAACUUCGCGACUAGUAUUUCGAAUACUCUUGAGGAAUUAUGAGUACUUUGUUUGUUACAGUUACUUUCUGUGCAUUCAACAGAUGCUCGCGUUAUUUUCAAUGUUUUGUAUAUAUGUAGUAUCAUAAUUG